AUGCAAUUUCUCCAUAAGAAAGUGUCAUCUCAACUAUUUAACACAUCAGACACCACCAUCCCUUCUGCCAUCACAGCACACUUUACUGAGCCUCAUAGCCCAGAAAGAGUAAGAAACAAGGACCCCAAAACUUCCAGUUCUUCCACACAAUCAAUGGCAGAAAGCAAGGAAGAAGAUGUUAAACUUGGAGCCAACAAGUUCACAGAGAGGCAGCCAUUAGGCACAGCGGCUCAAACAGACAAGGACUAUAAGGAGCCACCACCAGCACCUUUAUUUGAGCCUGGAGAAUUGACAUCAUGGUCUUUUUACAGGGCUGGAAUUGCGGAAUUCAUAGCCACUUUCUUGUUCUUGUACAUAUCUAUUUUGACUGUUAUGGGUGUUGUCAGUGGAAAGAAUAAGUGUUCCACUGUGGGCAUCCAGGGAAUUGCUUGGGCCUUUGGGGGUAUGAUCUUUGUACUUGUCUACUGUACUGCUGGUAUCUCAGGAGGGCACAUCAACCCAGCUGUGACCUUUGGUUUGUUCUUGGCAAGGAAACUUUCUUUGACCAGGGCUGUAUUUUACAUGGUGAUGCAGUGCCUUGGUGCCAUAUGCGGUGCUGGUGUUGUUAAGGGGUUCAUGAAGGGUCAAUACGAGAGACUUCAAGGCGGUGCUAACAUUGUGCAGCAUGGCUACACCAAAGGCGAUGGCCUUGGUGCGGAGAUUGUUGGCACCUUUGUUCUUGUCUACACUGUCUUCUCGGCUACUGAUGCCAAGAGAAAUGCCAGAGACUCGCACGUCCCGCUUUUGGCUCCUCUCCCCAUUGGUUUCGCAGUAUUUUUGGUUCAUUUGGCCACCAUCCCCAUCACUGGAACUGGUAUCAACCCUGCUAGGAGUCUCGGAGCUGCCAUAAUUUACAACAGAGACCACGCAUGGGACGACCAGUGGGUCUUCUGGGUUGGUCCUUUCAUUGGAGCUGCUCUUGCUGCAAUUUACCACCAGAUUGUCAUCAGAGCCAUUCCUUUCAAGAGCAGGGCUUAA